UUUUUUUUCUACGGGUGGAUUUACUCUACUCUAGUUUAUCUUUGCCUCCGCUAUUGUUAUCAUCAUCAUUAUCAUCGUCAACAUCCCAACUUUAAUUUAUAAAAUCUCCUGACCUACUUUAUAUCUCUUAAUAACAAUCCACUUAUUUAAUAAUCUUUAGUCAUUUUAGGUAAUUAAUCCAUGAAAAACGCUAGCCUCUUUAAAAUCAGGUUGGAGAUCUUUAUUCUUCUCAUAUGUUUAUCGACAGCAGAAUUUUCAGUACCUUUUUGCCACAUUAUAGAUACGUAUAAACAAUUUGAACAGAAAGCCAGUGAGAAGAAAUAUUUAUUCACUGAAGAAAUUUGUAUUUCCCUUCAAUUAAUUAAUCAAUUAAUUAAUUAUGGGAUGGAAAUACAAAAAAUAAUAACGAAUAAACUUGGUAUGCUUUUUGCAGCUCCUUCGUUCAUGCUUUUUACUAAUUACCGUUAUCGUCAUUUUUAUCGUUUCUAUUUUCUUUAAUAUUUUAUAAUUAACAAAUGGGAGAAUGUCAUCGACUGGAAUUUUGCACAUCACAUAAAUUUAAAGAAAGCUUUUAUAAUACAAUUUGUUUUUCUAAUGGAUUCAUUUUCUGCACAAAAAUAAUAAGUUAGUCAUUGAAAUGGUAUAAUGGUAGAUCAGUCGAUUUUG